GGGCGGGGUCGCGCCGCCGCUUCCAGUCCGGCUGAAAGGGCUCGCGCAGCCGGCCUCCUGGGUCCUGAGAGCGCCCACCGGACGGCCUGGCCCCGGCUCCCCUGGCCGCGCCGCGCGGAGGGAACUGCUCCUGGCUCUCGUCGGCCCCAGAAUGCUAUCUGCCUUGAGAAAUCAAAUUCUCAGGACCAGGAAGUAAAUGCUGCUUUUCAUCCAUUUGGAUUCUAGGGUUGGAAAUACCAAGUAAGAAAUUCAUGUAUAUGAUGCUGGAAACUUGUAGAGACGAACGGCUCAUGACUCAAAGGCCUAAAACAGGUAUAUCUUUCACAUUCUUAUCAAGAAGACGACAAUGAAGAAAAUGAUGGGUCAAGACGACCAGUGGAAAACUCCCUAGGAGAGAGCCAUAGAGAUGUACACGUCAGAAGAGAGAGGUGAUCAGAGAACUCAGAAAAGGAAAGUAUACCAUGUGUGCCCUCAGAAGGGUCAAAAGAUUUUUAUUCAUGUGCAUGACUUUACUCAGAUAGAUGGUCAGACACACCAGGGCCGUGAGUGUGAGCAGAACUUGUGUGAAAACCUUGCUCUGAUUAUGUGUGAGAGAACCCACACUGGGGAGAGACCUUGUCGAUGUGAUAUGUGUGAGAAAACCUUCAUCCAGCGCUCAGAUCUUAUUUCACACCAGAGGAUCCACAAUUAUGAGAAACCUUAUAAAUGUAGCAAAUGUGACAAGAGCUUCUGGCACCACCUAGCCCUUUCAGGGCAUCAGAGAACACACGCAGGUAAAAAAUUCUACACAUGUGAUAUUUGUGGCAAGAAUUUUGGUCAGAGUUCCGAUCUGCUUGUCCACCAGCGAAGCCAUACGGGCGAGAAACCGUAUCUGUGUAGUGAGUGUGAUAAAUGCUUCAGCCGAAGUACAAACCUCAUUAGGCACCGAAGAACUCACACCGGCGAGAAACCAUUUAAGUGUCUGGAGUGUGAAAAGGCUUUUAGUGGGAAGUCGGACCUCAUUAGCCACCAGAGGACUCACACUGGCGAAAGGCCCUACAAAUGCACUAAGUGUGAGAAAAGUUACCGGCACCGCUCAGCCUUUAUUGUGCAUAAGCGAGUUCACACGGGGGAGAAGCCCUAUAAGUGUGGGGCCUGUGAGAAGUGUUUCGGCCAGAAGUCGGACCUUAUCGUCCACCAGAGAGUGCACACGGGCGAGAAGCCGUACAAAUGCCUGGAGUGCAUGCGGAGUUUCACGCGGAGCGCCAACCUCAUCAGGCACCAGGCAACGCACACGCACACUUUUAAAUGCCUUGAGUACGAGAAAAGUUUUGGCUGUGCCUCAGACCUCAUUGUGCACCAGAGAAUUCACAUGGGUGAGAAAGCACACGAGUGGUCUGCGUGUGACGGCAGCUUCCUCCUGGGCAUGGGCUUCGUGGCCCAGCCGAAGAGGAGAACUCAGGCGGAGGAGUUGCAUUAUCAGUGCAGCGUGUGUGACAAAGGCUCCCGCCAGAGCCCAACCCUCCUGCAGCAGCAGACAGUCCACAUCGCCGAAAAACCGUACGUCUGCAAUGUGGGAGACACGGGGCUUGAACUCAGCCCCCCACCCGCGUCAGAAGCCUCAGAAAUGGCUGGGCCGGACAGGAAGCUGUAACUGCCUCAAAAUGUGUGUGCGUGUCCGGGAACUCACUAAGGUGAAGAGCUGUAAGCAAAUGGCAGGCUUUCCCCAGCGCGCAGCGCUCACUGGGGACCCAGGAACCUGUGCUUUGCCGACAACAGCCCUAACAGAACCGCCCUCAGCCGCUCCGACCAGAAGCCUGACCAGGGCUGAGCCCGGGAUUCACCAGGUGGGGAACUUGGCAGGGCCGUGAGCGGGAGCGCCUUCUCGCAGUGCCCGAGGGGUUCACACCAGAGGACAGACUUUCAGGGCUCCAGCGUGCACAGCUUCCGGGUCGAAGCCCCAGCGCGGGUGGAAAGGCGCUCUGACCCAGCUAGAACCUUCUUAGCCGGCAGAGCAGCCAGUGGUGAAACUUCAGCUAUUUGUCUUGAAUGUGGCAAAGACGUUAGAUGGAGAGCUUCUUGGGUUUGCAACAAAAAAGGCCAAUUUGAGGAAAGACCUUGUGACGUGUGAAGAGAAGAGCCGUCAGUGGUCAGCCCCUGGGGACACCAGGGGACUGACUGCCAUGAGUUGGAAACCCCACACGCACCUGACUGAAAAAAGCCUUCUAGAAAUCUCUGCCCUGCCGGGCCCCAAAGAAGCUGCUCUGCAGAGAAUCUGGCUGUGGUGAGAGAUUCAGGUGUGGACUGUGUACAUACAGUAGGUUUGAGAACAGCCGGCUCAGUUAGUUUUCCUAUGUAGUAGAGAUGACUUUUAAUGGAGUCAGUAUAGAAAGUUGUUCAGAUCCCCAGAAGCCUGUUCUGGAGGCGCUAGGACAGGUCAGAGUAGGCCUGAGGGUAACUCAGGGAAAGAUGCUUUUCUUUCAUCUGAACCACUUAAUGAUUGCUUUACUCUUUCUCAAAUUUGGAAAUCCAAUAAAGGAAAGGACUGGAACCUUGUUACAGAAGGUGUGGCAUGUGUUACUGUUGGGGAAAGGAUCCUGUUGGCUUUGCCUCUUGGUUUUUAAUCCGUGGCUGGACUGGGGACGAGUGUGAUGGUGGUAUGCGGAACUUGCUGGUAGUGAAAAGAACUACACAGCUGGGGAGUAGUUAGUUAUCCCGGUCACAACUCCCCAAGUUUCCCCUUUGGAGAACCGACCUCACAGAGGCAGAAUACCCAACUUUUGAUUUAGUAAGUUGAGACCUGCACUCAAAAGCUCCCUUUCCCUAAAAUGUCUUUCAGAGUAUCACUGGUAUUUGCAAUUUCCGCUUUAGAGAUUCAUCUCUUUUCAACUCAGAAAUGCAAAUUCCAGGAUAAUAGUUCUGAUGUUGCUGGUACCACAUUUUGCUGAUUCGAUGUAUCGUGUCGCUUUCUGUCAUAAGGUCUCCCCUCAACUCCUUGCAGAAUGGCUAAGGGGAGACAAAGAAAGCUGAGGCCUGCACAGGCACAUUCACACAGGACAAUGCAUUGUCAGCGGGGAGCUGUACUUGAUUUUGACUAUCCUGACUCCAAAGCUGGUGUUCUUUUUACUCUAUUCUCCUCCUGUUUAUAGUAAAUUCAGUCCCAUAACGAUAUGCCUUUCAUUUAUUUCAGUUCUGACAAGAGAAUACUUUUUAUUCCCAGGGAAAGGAUUGAAGUCACCACAAUAUAAGGUAUUUAUUUGGCUUGGAAUGUAGGAUUCUAAAAGCUAGAAGGGAAAGUAGUUGGCAAAUUCAUCAGAAGGAUGAGCACUUAUUUAACAGGAUAAUUAUUAUCUUUAACGUUCCCUAGGAGUACUAGAACUAAUGGACACUUCUGAGCGGUUCUCCCC